GUAGCAGACAUCAGACAAAUUUAAAAUUAUUAAUGAAUAGAGUAAGUAAUUAAUAAAAUAAAAUUUCGAAGAAAUUUUUAAAUUAAUAAGUUCAUUUUUUAUAAUUUUAGAUUUUGUCUGAUGUCUACCACAUUCACACUCGUAAAAGUAUAGAUAUAAGUAUAUAUAUAAAGAACCCUUUUUGGGACACCCGCUUUGAAUAUAGAUCAGAAGAAAGCCGUCAAUAGACAGCGCUGUAAUAGUUUUUUUUGUAUAGCAACCAUCCGAAAACAUAAACAAACAUGUCAAGUACAACAAAAACAACCUAACUAAAUUAAUAUAUUUUUAUUUUAUCUGAUACCAAACAAAUAGAUCGACAAUAUCUAUAAUUAUACAUGUAUAUAUAAUAUGAGCUCAUUUACUUCUCCAACAUUGCAUCAUUUUUAUGUUACCAACGAUUGAACCAAUGACAGGAUAGCGUAUUAAGUCAUGGCAGAUGAUCCCAAUAGAGAUUAUUUGCCAAGAGAUAAUUCUUACUUAGAAAGCUACCGAUCUAUUAAUGCAUUACACAUAGAUCCCCGGGAGCGUUUGGUGAUCAGCAAAUUGAAUCGCGAUAUUUUGGAAGACAAGUAUCUGAGACUGAUCGAAGAGUACCAAGAGUUGAAAAAAUUAUGCAACUCUCACGAAGACAAAAUAAAACGUUUAACUACGAAACUUAUGCGAAUAUCAGCCUCGCCCUCAAGACCUUACACUGCUUCGACAAUAAAUAUCAAUAAUGACAAAGACCGGAUCGCGAGUUUGACGCUAGAAAUUAAUAAGCUCAAAGAAAAGAUACACGUUUACAGAACCCAAUUAUUAAGUCACGGUAUUCUGCGAAGAUCAUGUUCGCAAAUUAGACGGGUGCCAAAUUGCAGUUCGGGUACCACAACAUUUCGAAGCGAAGGCAGACCUAUUAAAUUGGUUCAGUGUCAAAAUUUUGUUGGUGAUAGAGAAGAAAAUGUUGAUAAUCAAAAUGAAAUUAGGAUUGAGGAAUUGGAAGUACAAAAAAAAACUUUAAUAAAUCGUAUUAAAGAAUUAGAAAAUAAAUUAUCGGUUGCCAAAAAUGAAAACCAGAAAGACAAAGUUACUGAGAAUGUCGAGUACAUAAGAGUGUGGCGGCAAAUGAAACUUCAGCAGGAAAAAUUAGUGGAAUAUGAAUCAAAAAAUAAAUUGUUGGUCGAUCAGGUCGAAGAACUGAAGAGUAAAAUAUGCGAUGCUAAAAAAAGCUGUGGACGCGUGACCACGACCUUUGUGGAUAAAAAGUUGAUGAGUCAGUUAGAGGAACAGAUAACGCGGUCCCAAAAUUAUCAGUCAGCUCUGCGGGAAAAGGAGGAGCAGAUCCGCGACUUCACUAGUGAAAUUAAAAUCCUACAGCAGCACAACAACGAGCUGAUUGAGAUAAGCACCAAGUACAGCCAAGUAGAAGUAGAGAAUAUUGAGCUCAAGAAACAGUUAGCAGAUAUGAUGACCGAUAAUCAUAAUUUGAAGUGUGUCUGCAGUCAUGAGCAGGCUAAUAUUGAGGCACUCAAGGCUGCUAAUGCUCAGUUGAUUGAUAAAUUGCAGGAAAUGCAACGUAGUAUGGAUGUACUGAUUAUUCAAUCAAAGUCACCUAAAAGUCAUAAAGAAAAAAUAGAUAAAUCAUAUAAAUGCUGCGAAGGAUGUAAUUGUAGAAAUACUGGCGAUCGUCAGAGUGACGUUGAUUCAAAUAAAGAUAAAAACGACGAGUACAAAUCACCAAGAAAACCGUCAAUUAAAAAUAUCACUUAUGUCGAGUGUGGAAGCCAAACAGAUUUAUUUGACCGAAGUGAUUUUAUUCAAGUUAAGAAUUUUUGCCGUGAAAAAAAUAAAUGUGACAAUGAUGGUGACGAUGAUGUUAAAAAAAAAAAUGAAAAAUGUGGUAAUUUAUCAGCAGAAACAAUGCUCAAGUUACUUGAUGAUGCGCAAAUAAACACACCUCUAGAUGCACAGAAUGUGGCCAAAAUAAGAUCUUUAGAGGGAUUGAGCCCUAGACAUUAUGGCGAAUCGGGUAAUAGACAGAGGCAAGUAAUUGCUCUUGAAACUUUAUUAUUCGGCGACAAAGAUGUUUAUUAAUUAGCAUACUUAUUAGACAUAAAUGUGUUCAAAUAUAUAUUAAAAUUUAUUUACCAGUCACUUUUUUAGAAUUUAAGAUUUUAAAUUUUUAGAUAAAUUUUUAUGAGCAAGCAAUUAAUUUAAGGA